AUGGUCACUAUAGAGGAUUAUGAAGAUGGUGCAAACCCCGAAACGCAACAAAUACUUGACCACCUUAUAACAACCACCCAAGGGUCUUCGUUACAUACAGAGAAUGAUUUGCAGUCGUUAACACAAAACGCUUUGAACAGUUCCAACUCAAUCAUUGAUGAACAUCUUAGAUUUGGCUCUUGCAUUGCUUUGCAACAUAGCACAACGCUUAAAUAUUUAUCUAGUAAAUUACCUAUCAGUAACGAGACAUUGAAUAAUGGAAACAAAGAUCAGGUAUUUGCGGCGCGACGAAAAUCAGAGAAUGAAUUAUGGAUGGUGCUUCAAGGUUAUGGAGAGAGACGUCGGUUGAAAAUGGGAGAGAUUGUACCGUUUAACACACAAAUUCGACUUAAGCAUAUUAUAUCACGACGUUAUCUACGUUCACAUCCGGACUAUAGUGCUCCAAUUAGUGAUCAGCAAGAUGUUUGUCACGGUGAUGAACAUAUCAGUGACUUGAACGACAAUUGGCUCGUUCAGAGACAUAGCUACAGUAACUAUUAUGAUAAUUCUGGAUAUUGGCUAGCUGGAGAUGCAAUCACUUUAAGGCAUAUUCAAACUGGGGCUACUCUUCACAGCCAUAAUAUAAUGCUAGAUGAUGAUAACCAAGAAGUAACAUGUUAUGGACCAGGACACGAGGAGAACGAUAAGUGGAGGGCCGAACGAAUUGAAAAUAUAAGUGAUUUUAUUAGAAAUGCAUCGUAA